CAAUCAUCAGCUCAUGAAGCUGGACGUGGGAGGGCUUGAAGAGAGGAAAGCUUAUGCUCAACUUUGCAGAGCUCGAUAGCCGGUCAGAAAUGGCGUACAAAGCUCCCACUUCGUCUUCCUUAGCUGUUUCGGUAACUCGCGCUCAACCCAUUUCAACCGACGAAGGUGAGGAUGAAUUGCUGCAUGGAGCCGAGUCAGGGUGGGUUGAAGCUCGGACGUGGUGUGAUCACUUGGCCUCUCUGUCGUCUGAUCUAAUACACGUUCCAACCCCUGACACCCCCUGCAAUAGGUGUCAUCACCCAAGCAGGAACUGGUUGUGUCUGUGUUGCAAGGAAGUUCUCUGCAGCCGAUACGUGAACAAGCAUAUGCUCCAGCAUUAUCAGCAAACAAGCCACUGCCUUGCGCUCGGCUUCAGUGAUCUAUCGGUGUGGUGCUUCUCCUGCAAUUCAUUUAUAAAUGCGCAAGUAGUUCCACAGUUGCGGCCCGUUUAUGAUGCUGCCUAUAUCUUGAAAUUUGGAGAGCCCCCGCUAGUUUGGAAUGUUGAACUCCAGAAUGUCAUAGCUUCCUCAAUGGGCAAGGAUGAGUUGCUGAAUGUAACCGUGUCGGGGCGGGUUGAAGCUCAAACAUGGUGUGGUCACUUGGCCUCUUUGUCCUCUGAUCUCCUUCGCAUUCCAAGCCCGGACACACCCUGCAAUAGGUGUUGUCACCCAAGCGGGAACUGGUUGUGUCUGUGUUGCAAGGAAGUGCUCUGCAGCCGAUAUGUGAACAAGCAUAUGCUCCAGCAUUUUCAGCAAACAAGCCACUGCCUUGCACUCGGUUUCAGUGAUCUAUCGGUGUGGUGCUUCUCCUGCAAUUCGUAUAUAAAUGCGCAAGUAGUUCCACAGUUGCGGCCCGUUUAUGAAGCUGCCUAUAUCUUGAAAUUUGGAGAGCCCUCGCCAGUUCGGAAUGUUGAACUCCGGAAUGUCAUAGCUUCCUCAACAGGCAAGGAUGAGUUGCUGAAUGUAACCGUGUCGGGGCGGGUUGAAGCUCAAACAUGGUGUGGUCACUUGGCCUCUUUGUCCUCUGAUCUCCUUCACAUUCCGAGCCCGGACACAUGCUGCAAUAGAUGUCGUCACCCAAGCGGGAACUGGUUGUGUCUGCGUUGCAAGGAAGUGCUCUGCAGCCGAUUUGUGAACAAGCAUAUGCUCCAGCAUUUUCAGCAAACAAGCCACUGCCUCACGCUCGGCUUCAGUGAUCUAUCGGUGUGGUGCUUCUCCUGCAAUUCGUAUAUAAACGCGCAAGUGGUUCCAGAGUUGCGUCCCGUUUAUGAAGCUGCCUAUAUCUUGAAAUUUGGAGAGCCACCGCCAAUCCGGAAUGUUGAACUCCGGAAUGUCACAGCUUCCUCAAAGGGAGAGGAUGAGUUGCUGAAUGUAGCCGUGUCGGGGCGAGCUGAAGCUCGAACGUGGUGUGGUCACUUGGCCUCUCUGUCCUCUGAUCUCCUUCACAUUCCGAGCCCGGACACAUGCUGCAAUAGGUGUCGUCACCCCAGCGGGAACUGGUUGUGUCUGCGUUGCAAGGAAGUGCUCUGCAGCCGAUUUGUGAACAAGCAUAUGCUCCAGCAUUUUCAGCAAACAAGUCACUGCCUCACGCUCGGCUUCAGUGAUCUAUCAGUGUGGUGCUUCUCCUGCAAUUCGUAUAUAAAGCAAGUGGUUCCAGAGUUGCGUCCCGUUUAUGAAGCUGCCUAUAUCUUGAAAUUUGGAGAGCCACCGCCAAUCCGGAAUGUUGAACUCCGGAAUGUCACAGCUUCCUCAAAGGGAGAGGAUGAGUUGCUGAAUAUAGCUGUGUCGGGGCGAGUUGAAGCUCGAACGUGGUGUGGUCACUUGGCCUCUCUGUCCUCUGAUCUCCUUCACAUUCCGAGCCCGGACACAUGCUGCAAUAGGUGUCGUCACCCCAGCGGGAACUGGUUGUGUCUGCGUUGCAAGGAAGUGCUCUGCAGCCGAUUUGUGAACAAGCAUAUGCUCCAGCAUUUUCAGCAAACAAGCCACUGCCUCGCGCUCAACUUCAGCGAUCUAUCGGUGUGGUGCUCCUCCUGCAAUUCGUAUAUAAACGCGCAAGUGGUUCCACAGUUGCGGCCCGUUUAUGAAGCUGCCUAUAUCUUGAAAUUUGGAGAGCCCCCGCCAAUUCGGAAUGUUGAACUCCGGAAUGUCACAGCUUCCUCAAAGGGAGAGGAUGAGUUGCUGAAUGUAGCUGUGUCGGGGCGAGUUGAAGCUCGAACGUGGUGUGGUCACUUGGCCUCUCUGUCCUCUGAUCUCCUUCAUAUUCGGAGCCAGGACACACCCUGCAAUAGGGGCUGUGCUGAAUGUCAUGAUGAAUUGCAAUGUUCAUUCCAAACAAUUGAAGAGGAUAAAGAUGUUGGUAACAUGCAAAAUGCAGAUCUUGUUGAUGCUGACUCAUUUGUCGGAGACCUAGUGGUGACACAGUGUGGCCAAAUAUAUACAGAGGAGAAUUGCCAAACACGAAUAACUGAAUCACUCCCUCGUGGUUUUCAUUUUGAGGAAAUGGAAGGCGUCAUAAAGAGUGACUUCAACGGCUCACGUGUUUCCUCUGCCAAUCCUAUGGAGCUUCUGAAAGAGCCUGAGACUCCAAAAAGGGCCGAGUCUCCAAGAAUAUAUAGUGAUGAAGAACAGACAAAUGAAAAGGUUAAGAAGCAGGAAUUUGCAUUGAGAAAUGUAAAACCAGAAUGUGUAUCUUGGGAUGAAUCUGCAGCAACAGCAAAGUUACUAGAGCGCAAAGCACACGUUGCAGCCGGUAGUUCCUCCAAGAGGACAAACAGGGAGGAGAUUGAACAUGCCCAAGUGACUGCAUUGGCCAGACCAACCACCAAGAACACAAAAAGUUCUGUAAAUCCUCCACAUCUUAAUCUUGUGAACGUGCUGGUUGGGAUUUUCCUGUUGAUUGCCAUCGCAGCUAUUUUCACUACUAUCUUGCCCCAAGCGUGAUGCAGCAUCAUUGCCAAGUACAAGAGUUUAAAAAGGGUUCUGUAUGCCCUGUCGUAAUUCAUGAUGUAUGAAGCUUGUCUUCCUUUUGGUGCUAAUGCUUUGUACUUCUUUUUUGCUUUGCUUUGGAACUUA